AUGGGCAGCACCCACUUCUGGCUGGGACUCUCCAACCAGAAAUGCGACGACGUCUGGUGUGGCUUUGUAGCCGGAAGCCAGGAGCUGAUCUGGUCUGAUGGCGAGACAACGACACACACCAACUGGGCCUUAGACCAAUUUAAAAGCGCCGACGUCGCGUCCUGCGCCUACGUCAACCAAGGAGCUUAUCGUUUGCCUGGGAGGUGGAGGUCUGGCUCCUGCGCUUCCUCGUUGGCCUACAUGUGCAAACGGCCGCAGAGCUGCCCGGAGGGACGGACGUGUACCUCCAAUAGUGUUACUGCUGUAAUGAAGACUUCCGACUGCGACGAUGGCAACUUCCUUUAUGGCGAUGAUUGCUAUCUUUUUGACGCGACGCGUAGAAGUUGGGAGGAUGGUGAGAACUUCUGUCUCGCCCGGCGAGGCCACCUUGCUAGCAUACACUCUGAGCAAGAUGUCCAAUUCAUUCUUGCCAAGUGCGGAGGGCCUCCACAGCUGCCACCAUUAGUCGGCCAGCCGAACUGGACUAAGAAAUGCGGCUGGUGGCUGGACUACCCCGAGAGCGACUUCUGCUACCUGAUGAUCCGCCAGCCCACCAUGACCUGGCAGGAGGCGCAAGACGACUGCCAACGCCUCCAAGGGAACCUGCUCAGCAUCACCGACGACCAUGAGCAGACCUUUGUACAUGGUUACAUCAAGGCUCUGAUGAAAGCAUCCUCUCUGUGGUUGGGCGCCAAUGUCACCAUCAGUGACGAAGGCAGCACGUGGGCUGACGGAGCCGCGUUCACUUACGUCCACUCGACUUCAGGUCUGUCGGAGACGGUUGUCUGCUGCCAUUUGGAGGAACGGAGGAGCACUGAGAUCUUCUCUCCCGCCCCCCAGGUACCGCCGAUGGAAAUUGUCUUUCCUUCCUCACUGGCAACGGCAACUGGGAGUACGACUCGUGCAACAAGGAGAAGAGAGGUUACUAAAGCCUACGCCAGUUCCUGA